UUAUCAGCUGUGAGCUUGCCUCCGUGUUAUGAUGUGGUGUUAACGGUUUAUCGGUGUAUUAUUAUUUUUUCUUCACCGGGAAAGCCAGAAAUGAAAUUACGAUCGCUCGAAAGUGCAAUUUUUAUCAGGAUUUUGUUCUGCUUACUAAUAAAUGAUGUAUCCGCCUUGCGGAAGUAUACUAAGAAGGAUAUGAUUCGACUUCGGGAGGAAGUUCGAGCGAUGUUCCAGCAUGCGUACGACGGCUAUCUGCGUUACGCCAGCAAGUACGACGAACUCCGUCCGCUGUCCUGUGAUGGGGUGGAUACCUGGGGCAGCUAUUCACUGACACUGGUGGACGCGCUGGAUACGCUUGCGGUGAUGGGUAAUUACACCGAGUUCCGGAGGGUUGUCGGUUUGCUAGAGGGCAAAUCGUUCGAUAGUGACAUCAACGUGUCGGUGUUCGAGACAAACAUCCGUAUCGUGGGAGGAUUGAUUAGUGCGCACCUAAUGAGUCACAAGGCGGGGGUUGAGCUGGAACCUGGGUGGCCAUGUACUGGUCCGCUGCUGAGACUGGCUGAGGAUGUUGCCAGGAGGCUGCUGCCGGCAUUCGAUACCCGAACCGGAAUGCCUUACGGAACGGUUAAUCUCAAGUAUGGUGUUCCGUACGGGGAAACUAGUGUAACUUGUACGGCCGGAAUUGGAACGUUUAUUGUGGAAUUUGGAGCGUUGAGUCGCUUGACCGGUGAUCCCAUUUAUGAAGAGGUAGCUUUGAAUGCUUUGUACGCGUUGUAUAACCAUCGUUCUUCUAUUGGAUUAUUUGGUAAUCAUAUUGAUGUACAAACUGGUCGCUGGACGGCACAAGAUGCAGGCAUUGGAGCUGGGGUAGAUUCCUAUUACGAAUACUUGGUUAAAGGUGCGAUCAUGCUAAACAAACCGGAUUUGAUGCAUAUGUUCAAUGAAGGUCGGAAAGCUAUAGAUAAGUAUUUAAAAAGAGAUGAUUGGCACGUUUGGGUCAGUAUGAACAAGGGACAGGUCACCCUACCAGUGUUCCAAUCACUGGAAGCAUACUGGCCGGGUGUUUUGAGCCUUUUUGGCGAUACGAGCGUGGCUAUGAAGACACUGCACAAUUAUCACACAGUCUGGAAACAGUACGGGUUUUUACCCGAAUUCUACAACAUUCCAAAUGCGGAAGCUGGAACCAAUCGGGAAAACUAUCCCCUGCGACCAGAACUGAUUGAAUCUGUCAUGUAUUUGUACCGAGCGACUGGUGAUCCGUAUUUGCUAGAAGUUGGUGAAGAUAUUCUGCGCAGCAUAGAAUACAGUGCCAAAACGCCCUGUGGAUAUGCCACAAUCAAAAACGUCCGCGACCACCACAAAGAAGAUCGAAUGGAAUCGUUCUUCCUGGCGGAGACCACUAAAUAUCUGUAUCUGUUGUUUGAUCCGGACAAUUUCAUCCACAAUGAUGGACGGAUGGGAACCGUUAUCGAUACACCGCAUGGUGAGUGUAUAAUCGAAGCCGGCGGAUACAUUUUCAACACCGAAGCUCAUCCAAUUGAUCCGUCAAUGCUUCGCUGUUGCCACGAGCUGCCCCAGCAAAAUCUGUUCGCAGACUACAGUAAAGAGAAAUUCGUCGGUGAUCGUCUUGAUCUCAGUCGAACACGCGAGGCUGCCUCUAUGGAACCGAAGCCAGUGGAAGCCCCAGCAAAAGAGAACAUCUCCGUAGUCGAAGCCCAGCUGGAGGACGCCAUUCCAGCUGCAGUAUUGGAGGAAUUAGGUGCAAAACUGGCCGAGGCUAGGCAAGCGCUAACCAAGAAACGGUUGGAGGAAGCCUUCAAUCGAGCCCAGGAGUUGUUGAAGAAACAUCAAACCGAACCCAAAAUGGAACAAAAUCAAACUCAGAAGGACGACGACAGCCUGAUCGUGCCGGUGGACAAACCAUCCAGCGAUGGUCCAAUAUCGCCAACACCAACGGCGGAUGACGCAGAACAGAUGACAACCGUGAAGCUCACCACGUCUGCCCGCGAUCCGGACGAUAAGAGCUCGACCGCACAGAUGAAACUCAACGAGAGCCAGCAGCAGGAAAAAGAUACGACUGACACAGAUGAAAACACAGGAGUAGGCACAGCAGUACCAGCUUCGCCGGACGAAAUACCAACCCAGUCUGAGGAGGACGAGGAAGUGGAAGUAAAUCCGGCGAAAAAGUUUUUCUCCGAAACCAGCUCUACCGAGGAGGCACUAACGGCGGGGGCGGAAGUAAUUCCACCGACCGUAGCAGGAGAGCAUUUUCCUCUCCACCAGCAGCAGAAAACGACGCAAGGUUUCAACAACACCAUCGCUGAGUUUGUCCAAAAUAUGUUUAAAACUAAGGUGUAUCAGAAGACGAAAUUCGAACCGCAAGCGUUGCUGAAACGGAUCCGGGAAAGUGGCCACCAGCGGAACAGUAGCUGGGCUGCUAAUUAUGCGCUGCUGACGUGUAAAGCGCAACCUUUCCUGCAGAGGAUAACUCUGCUGGGGGAAUUUUUCUGAGUACUGAAAUAAAUGGGAAUGAUGCUAAUAUCUCUAUA